AAUGGCGGAUCAUCCUCCAAGUGGGGGGUCCACUGACACAGAGGGUGUGGCAAAAAGUCCAGCAUCAUCAAAGCUGGACAAUUUGUCGCGUGAAGAUCUGACAAAGUUUGUCAAGAAACAGAUGCUUCUUCUCCAGAAAACCAGAGCAAAAUGUGAUGAGUUGACCAAGAAGGUUACAGAGCUGGAGUCCCAGAGACAGCUGGGUGAGGGUGAGGGGGGAGAUGGGAACCAGGAGGAUAUAAAGAACUUGAAGACAAAAAUAGAAGAACUAGAAGUGGAGAAAAAGGAGAUGUUGACAGCAUACAAUGCUGUACAGGCCUCACAGGAACUGGCUGCAAAUAAAUUACAGGAUAUGGAGGGACAGCUUAAUGAGGCAAUCAAAGAAAAAGAAGAAAUUGUGGCACAACUGUCUGUUUCUAAAAGAGAAAAGAAGGAACUUGAAGAACAGCUGGAGUGUAUGAAGAUGAAGGACGAGACUCUGAAUUCCUCUCUGCACUUCAUGCAGCAAGAACAGAGUCAACUGCUGGAAGAAAAUAAGAAAUUAAAGGAACAGGAAACUGUGCUGUCUGAUGCCAGGGAUAUAGUGAUGCAGAAACUGAAAGCAAUGAAACAACACCAGAUGAAGAGUCAGGCAGAGUUUGAGGAGCAGAUACAGAAGUUAACAGAGGGAAAACAGGACUUGUCUGCCUUGAUGCAAACCCUGGAGAAAGAGAAGAAGGAGGCUGAAGACCUUGCUGCUGAAAGAGAAAAUCAGGUCAAGGUCAUGGCCCAGAAAAUGGACAAAAUAAUGACAGAGCUGGAGGAGGGAGGUGAACAGAAGGGACAGGGUAGCGAGGUAGAGGAGAUCAUCCAGAAAGUGGAACAGCUGGAGAAACUGUGUCAGCAAUUGAAAGAGGAAAAGCAGGACUUGGAAUCAAAGCUUACUGAACAGACUUUGGAGGUGGAGAAAUUUAAGUCCGAGAUAAUGAAGAAGGAAGAGCUACUGAACCAGUCUUCAUCAGAAGUUGAGAAGUUAAAAUCUGACUUGAAUUUUGUUACUGGGGAACUUACAAAGUCACAGGAGCAGUCUUCAUCAGAGGUGGAGAAGUUAAAAUCUGACUUAAAUUCUGUCACGGAGGAACUUAAAAAGUCACAGGAGCUGUAUGUGAGUGAGCAGAGGUUUAAAGAAGAUCUACAAAGUGAGAUUGAUAAUUUACAAUUCCAAAUUCAUGAACUCAUGCACGAGAAGGAGGAAGAAUCUCAAAAAGAGGCUGCUGCUGAGAAACCUAAACAAAAAGCCCAAGAAACAAAGAAAAAUGGAAAAUCUGGUCUAAAGGGUAAUGGAGCCAUUCCAAAAACUACAGACAUAAGAAAGAAGUUGCAAGUAGUCACAAGGGAAAAAGAGCAGUUAGAACAGGAAAUGAAGAAGGUGCUCACAAGAGAUGAGAGUCUGUCAUACGAGGUCAGUGAACUGCAAGAAGAAAAGGAGAUGCUGAGAAAUGAUGUUCAACAGAUGAAUGAACAGAUGGGAGAGUGGGAGCACAUGAUGAACAUGUUACAGGAGGAUAAGAACAGGAUGCUGCAGGAACUCGAUGCAGCAGAAGCCAAGGAGAAGAGAAUUCUGGGAGAGCUGGAUGUUGUGAGGGAGAUACUGGGAAUGGAGAAGAGGGUGGAGAAGAAGGAGACGGAAGAAGAUGAAGAGGAAGAAGUGACUGAUGAUGGUGAUGAUGUGUUUGAAGCUGAUGAGGGUCCAGGGAUUGUGAUCACUGAAUUGGAGAAAAUGAAAGUGAAACUGAAUGAAAUUGUCUCUCAGAAUAGUCAGUUGAAAGUAGAUUUAGAUAGUGCCUAUGCAAGUAAGGGGGACAGUACGGUAGAAAUCCAGGCAGUGAAGAGGGAAUUAGCUACAUUGGUGUGUGAGAAAGAAUCAGCUGAGAGGGAGAAAGAGUCUCUGUCUGUCAUUAUGAAAUUGACUCAGGAGAAGGAGAAAGAUCUCACUGAAGAAAACACUAAUCUGAAGGGAGUUAUUGAUCAGAACGAGGAGGAGAAGGCAGAACUCAGAGGAAGAAUCCAGGAGGUUCAGCAAGAGAUCAGUAAGGUGGAGGGAGAGAAGCAGGAGCUGAUCAAAGCAGCAGAGGAUUCAAAGGAAAGCUAUAAAGAAAUGGAAGAGAAGGUGAAAGAGAGGCAGGCUUACACUGAGGAACUGGAGAACCAGAUUUUGGAAAUGUCCAACAACCUCGCAGAGGCACGCAAGAAACAUGAGCAGUUUAUAGCAAAAAUGGAGGUGGAAGGAGAAUCUGCCACAUCCAUGCUGCAGUCAGAAAUUGAGAAUCUGAAAGCAAGGAUUGAGGAGCUUGAAAAAGAAGUAGAAAGGAGGAAACAGGAAGUGGAGGAUGUGCAAGGUCAAAGGUCAGAGAUGGAGAAAAAAUUCCUGGAUAUAUCCGAGGAGUUACAGAGAGUGAAAGAAUCUUUCGAACUUUGUGAGAAAGAAAAAUCUGAAUUAUUAACUCAGGUUGAGAAUUUUAGUAAAAUACAAUCAGAAAAAGAUGACAUUUUGGAAAAAUGUGAAAAUUUGAAAGCAAAUUUGGAUGCUAUGGAAACAGAAAAAACACAGUUCUUGGAAACAAUCAGUCAACUUAAUAAAGAAAAGGAUGAACAAGUUUCAUUAGUGGAUCAGUAUUCAAACAGUGUCGAAGAAAAAGAACUGUUAAUUGAAAAUCUAAAAAGUGAAUUAGAGUUGCUUACACAAAAUGCUGAAAAGUUGUCACAAGAGAAGGAAUCUGUAGAAAGUGAACUGGUUCAGAAACUUAAUAAUGAGAUUGAAAACAGGAAGAAAAAGCUAUCUAAUGCUCAGAGAGAAUUGGCAGAUGUAGAAGAAAAAGUGAAGUGCCUAGAGAGUGAGAAAAGUGAGUUGAAUUCCAGGUUAGAGGAGAAAGAGGUACAGAAUUCAACACUUCAGACUUCAUUGACAAAAACAUCUUCAAAGGUUGAAAACUUGAAUAAAGAACUUUCUAGUCUAUCAGAACAAAAAGAGGAACUGCAGAAAGAUUUGGAGGGGAAAAUGAAAGAAAUAGAAGAUUUAAAGAUUCAUCUGCAAAAGACAGAGUCAGAGAGGAAUGAACAAAUAGAAGAAGUGGAGAAGUUACGAAGAACUCUUGAGACAACUGACUCAGAAAAAGCAGAGAAUCAGCAGGAAGUUGAAAGUCUGAAGACUUCAUUAAAGAACAUUGAAGAAGACAGAAAUAAUAGAAUGAAGGAAAUAGAGAGCUUACAGAAUUGUUUACAGGUUAUGGAGUCAGAGAAAGAUGGACUGAAAGAACUAAGAGAUCAGUAUGAAGAGGUUAAAGGUCAGAAUGAUCAACUUCUGGAGGAAGUGAAAAUCUUGAAAGAGGAUUAUGGGAAAUCAAAGGCUGAAAAUGAGAAUCUGAGAGAAGAAAUGAAGACUAUUUCAGAAGGAAGUAAUAGUGUUAAGAAUGAGAGAGACAUUCUGGCCUCACAGAUGGAAAAACUUAAAUGUGAAAAAGAAAAACUAGAGGGCGCUCUUUGUCAAAAGGAUGAGGAAGUUCAAAAUCUGUGUUCAGUGAAAGAAUCUGAAAAAAAUGUCUUGGAAACUGAGAUUCAAAAACUAAAAAACGAACUUGAAGAAAGUGUGAUAAAAUUCCAGGAGAUACAAACUCAGUUGAGUGAAACAGAGGAGGAAAAGAGGUCAUUAGAAGAAGAAAAUCAGAAAUUAAAAACUGAGCUGGAUGAAAUCUCGAGAGAAAAGUCUGUAUUGGAUGAGUCUUUAAAUGAGUUAAGGACUCAGAUAUCAGGGAGAGAUACAGAGGAGAGUUCAAUGUUAAAAGAUAUCCAGAGCAAAAUUGAAAUAAUUCAGAAUUUAGAAGAAGACAAGCUUAAAUUGGAAGCAAGAUAUAAAGAGCUUCAAAAUGACAAUGAAGGCUUAAAAAGCUCUGUGGAUGAAAAAGGUAGACUAAUGGAGAAGUUAACAUCAGAAUUAGAACAGGCUAAAAAAGACUUGGCUUCAAUGAAUGUGACAAACAAAGAAAUGCAAGAAGUGGAGGCACAGUUGAGGAAGGAAUUGUCUGCCCUUGGUGAAAAGGUUGCAGAAUUGCAGACCAUUAACAGUGAUCUAAACAUACAAAUCCAAGACUUGAGAGGAAAAGAAAGUGAGACUCAACAGAAAUCAGAGAGUUCUAAUGAGGAGAACAAAAGUUUGCAGCAGAAACUGAAAGAGAAGGAGGAAAUGUACAAUAAACUGAAAUCUCUGGCCAUGAAAAGCAAGAAAGAGGCAGGACAGCUCAAAUCCAAGACUGAUGAGCUACAGAAAGAACGAGACGAGUCUGUGAAGAAAUGUGAAGAACUUCAGCAGCAGUUGUCUGCCCUUGAAAUCUCCCAGAAGUCAGAAUCUGAACUCAUGAAGAGUUUCCAGCUUUUACAGGAGAAGUAUGAUAAACUGGAGUUGGAGUAUGACUCAAAGACAAAGGAAUCGGACAGCUACAAGUCUGACCUUGAGAAGGUCAUCUCUGAGUUGGCUCAGGUCAAGGAGACAAUGGCCACAAGUAAAGAGGACAAAGAACAACUCAUAAAGGAAGCAGACAGAUUGAAAGGAGAGGUCAAGAAACAAGAGGGAGCUGUAUCUGAUCUGAAAGGAAAAUUGGCAUCCGCUGAAAAGGAAAGGGAGGCUUACAGAAUUCAGAAAGAUGAAGUCGUGAAGGAAAAACAACAGGUACAAGGAAAGUUACAAGACUCAGAAGACAGAAUGAAGAAAGAAGGAGAGAAACACAAGAGUGUGGUGACAGGACUACAGAGUCAAGUCCAGGAGAUUCAGAGACAGUUAGAGCAGGCUAAACAGGAGGCCAAACAGAGUAGUAUGAUGGACCUGGAGAUCGCAGACUAUGAGAGAACAGUUCAGGCUCUCAACAAGACGAUCUCAGACAGGGACGUGACAAUCACAGAACUGAGGGGGGACGUGGAGAGGCUAGAGGAGAAAACUAAGGCCCUCAAAGAACAGAUAGAUGCUGUAGAGGAACAGAGAAUUCAGGCAGAUGACAGAGCAAACAAACUGAAACAGAUGUUGGUCAAAACCAAGAAAGAGUUGUCAGAUGCCAAGAAAAUGGAAACAGAGCAGAGGUCAUCUGAUGCCCAGUUGAGAGGUCAGCUGGAAGGGCUGAAUCAACAAGUGGAGGAAAACAAGAUACAGAUGGGAGAACUUGCUGCAGAGAAGCAGAAAUUACAGGAGAAACUUCGAUCCCUGACUGAUUCCAACCAGAGGACGAUCCGGUCUCUUGAGGGUCGGAUCCAGUCACUUCAGGAUGACUUGGAGGUCACUAGGAGUGAGAUGAAAGCUGUCCAGGCAGAGUAUGACGGCUACAAGGUGAGAGUACACAGUGUGUUGAAACAGCAGAAGAAAGGAAGCCAGGAAUCGGCGGUCAGUGAGAGUGAGAAAAUGGAAAGAGAGAGACUAGAAAAGGCUGUAGAACAGCUGAAGUCAAAGAUCCAGGAUCUAAGUGAUAAACUGAGGACAGCAGAGUCUGACAUGGAGAUACAACAAGAGGAGAACGCCCACUUAAUGGGUCGCUAUAACAAGUUAGUGGCCGACAUGCAGGAGAAAGACAAUACCAACAGGAGGAGAUUGGAGGACAUGACCCAUGAGAAGGAUCUGCUAGUCAAGGAACAGAAGGAAACCAUUAAACAGCUCAAUCUACAGAAUGAUACAAUCACUCUCUCAUUCAAGGAUCAGAUACAGUCUUUACAGGAGGACCAGAGCCAUGCUAUCAAUAUGUUACAGAUGCAGAUAGACUCACUGGAGCGUGAAAACACUCGCCUACAGAGGGAGCUUCAGCAGCAGAUGUCAAAGGUCACGACUGUGCGGUCAGUCAUGGUCACAGAGAGACAGAGUCCUGUCUCUACAGGGAAUGAGUUUAUUGUGCAUGACAUCAGGCAUGAAGAACGACAGGAAGGGGAGGGAUCCGAAAUAGUUGAUCCAGAACCCUGCUCAAAGGGCACAAGUAAACCAUCCCCGUUACCACUAGACAGGCUUUUAUCAACAGGCCCCGAGGACACAGUGUAUCCUAAAGAAGUGACUGAGAUAGAAGUUGAGACACUGAGAGAGAACCUGUCCACAGCUCAUAAACGGAUCGAGCAUCUCAACGAGUUGUCCAAUGAAAAUGAGGCCACAGUGAUGAGGUUGGAGGAACAAGCUAAGAUUCUAAAAGAGGAAAUCCGUCGACUGGAGCGGAACCAGCAACGUGAAAAAGAGGCUGCAAAUAUGGAGUACCUCAAGAACAUUCUUCUAAAGUUCCUGAGUUUGAAGGUCGGAGACGAGAGACAGCAGCUGGUUCCUGUUCUGACGACAAUGUUAAAACUCAGCCCCGAGGAAAAGGCAACUCUGGAUACAGCAGCUCAGGGAGAAGACAAUGCAGCUAAUCCACAACAACAGCAGCAAGGGGGUGGAUGGGGGUCUUAUCUUCACCGCUGGUCAGGGUUAGUGUGAGAAGUCAAGGCAACAUUCCUACACAAACAAAAUGACUGAAAGUCACUCUAAUGGGAGAAACUUUAAACAAAUCCUGGAAUGAAGAAUAAAGACUUGUUUAUUUGAAUGAAGAGAUUGUGAAGAGCUUGACAGUUUAUUUUCUGAGUACUUUGUGACAAUGUUGCAUGCUGAGGAGAAAUGUUGAAUGGCAACACAAUGAGGACCUGCCUGAUUGUCCGAAUGUUUGUGUGUGUCCAUUGUUUAUAGACAACUUUAGUCCUGUGAUAACUGGAGUCAUGACUCUUCAAAUGAAGAAUGUUGUAUGCCAUGUUUGACACCAGUGCUAGCUUCUGUGUACAUGUACAUUCCAAACUGCCAAGGAGAGUACCUUUCUCUUUAGAAGUUUCAUGAAAAAAAAAAUUCCAAUUCAUUUUUAGAAAAGUGCUGUUUAUUCAUGUAUGGUAGAAUGAUCUUUAGUAAAAAAUUGAUGCAACAAUAAAAUUUCGCCAUUAAAUGCAUUCAUGGUGACAAGUUCUUGCAAUUUUGUAAUAAUUUUUAAUUUUAUAAUAUAGAAAUUGACUACUGCUAUGACUGUUAAACAUACUCUGGCAUUUAAGCGGUGUAGACUUUGUGUUCGAAAGUAAAAUAUCAGUACUGUAUUAUUUAUUUGUAAUUGUAUUAAUAGAUUUGUAAUUGCUAUACAUAUUAUUUUAUUCACUAUAUCAUUUUUAUGAAAUCUGAGACCAGAUUUUAUGAUUACCGACAAGUAUUUGUUGAAUGAGUCCAGUAUUAAGAUUUCGGUGAAUUUAGUAUAGAAAGAAGUUUAUGUACCAAUAGCUUAACAAAUACAUUGGAUUUUUGAGUUGCAAAUUUCUUUGUAGGUAAUUCAUGCAUUAGUUUUGAUUAAAAAAAUUACCAAGAAAUAUAGAUUUCAUGCUCAAGAAUAUUCUUAGAUAUGAAAGAUAUCUAAUAUAACUUAGGAUGAAACUUUGGCAUUUUAUUUUGAAAAGUAUGUAACUUGGGCAAUUAUAACUUUUAUCUAGCAUUUUAAUCCUCAUAAAUCUCUUGAAAUUUAAUUCAUGUAAUAAUUUCAUAUCUCUUGUAUUUUUAUUUGAUCAACAAUCUUCUGUUGCCUGUUGUACAUUAACCGACAGUAGUUAUACAUUUAGAGUAUAUAGUCACAUACUCUGUGUAUGUUGGGGUAAACCCACAUUUUUAGGGAAUGGCAAACUGGUAGUCUGUGAUCAGCACUCAGUGAAAAAAGUGACAAGGUAAAUUCUGGCAGAUUUACAUGUACAAACCAGGAAUUAUUCAGAGGUGAAUUCCACAUGUAAUCUAUUUUUUUUAAUGUAUCACAUGUUGUGGACAUGUGUACAAGGUACUUGUUUCGCAUUGUCUUUAUAUACAUGUAUUGUGUGAGGUACAAAAGUUUUCAUUUCUUUGAUUGUUCAUAAGUUUGUGUCCAUUAGUGAAGUGAUGGUAGAUUGAUUCAGAGAAGAUUGUAAGUAUUGGUAGUUGAAAAUUUCAAGUUAAGAUGCUGAAUUGUCCUGGUGCAUGAAAAACACUACAGAAAUGAUUUUAAUGAUUAUACGUAUUUGUGCUUGUAGUUCUAAAGGCAUCUUUGCUUGCUGAGGGUUUCCGAUCCAAAUCUACUCUACAGAUUGAGUAGAUUUCAGAUCGGAAGCCCUUGGCAAGCGAAGAUGUUCUAAAGGGGGCUAACAUUUUGUAGUUACCAUAUCAUAAUUCAUUUAUUAAUAAACACUUCUUUAAUUCACAUUCCACUAUUUAAACUUUGAAGAAAAAAAAGGAAUCUUUUUUUUAUAAAACCUAAAAAAAGCCAUAUUUGUCCUCAAAAUUCUGUUAUGCAUUUAAAAAAUUUCCUUUUAAACAUUAUUUUGAAGUGAUGGUUUUCAGUAAGUAUUGAAUAGAGUAAGGCAUGGAUCAUACACUGAUUUGUCUUAUGUUUUGUUUAACUAUCAUUUUGCUGUCUUCUCAAUGUAUUUUUAUAUAUAGUUAUAUGAGUGUUUCUUGUUUCAAAGAAUGAAACAUAAAUUAAUUUUUGUGUUCUUGUUUGCAUUUACUUGUUAUAUUAACCACACUGGUCUUUCAGAGUGCAAUAUUGUGAUGACAUAAUAAAUUGGUAUUUCUGCAAGUUA